GGCCGCUUUGCACUUGAUUCCGGGGAUAAAUAGCAGGCGGGCGCCACGCCGGAGUCAAGCCGCCGUCCGUGUGCACCUGAGCCUCCUAGCAGAUCCCGGAGCGAACCAGCCCCACCCAUCCGGAUGGAUUCUCAAGAUUGUCCCUGCAUGACUGGUGGUGCAUGCACCUGUGGCAACAACUGCCAGUGCAAAAACUGCGCGUGCAAGAGCUGCAAAAAGAGCUGCUGCUCCUGUUGCCCCGUGGGCUGUGCCAAGUGUGCCCAGGGCUGUGUCUGCAAAGGGCCCCCUUCCACCAAAUGCAGCUGCUGCAAGUGAACCUCUGCCUGUUCCCUGAGCUUUGAUCUGUAUAUUUCACUACCUGCAGGAAUGUAACCUUAUUCUCCAUUUAUAUAUUUGUCUGCCAAUUUUCUAGCAUUAGAUGUGAAAGAAAUAAAAUUAUAUGUAUAUAUAAUAAA